AUGUCAAGACUUACUGGUUAUCACAUCAUGAUAGUGUCGAAGUACCUCGAGACUAUUGGAGACUUCAUUAACUUGGAGUUAGUAUGCAAGAAGUUUGGUGGUAAUAUGAAGAAGUUUCACUUCAACCCAAUAUCAUUGAAUUCCAAAACAAUUGGAUUUUUUCCAAACAUCGAGACACUUCAUUUGUGGAAUGUAGAAGACGAGAACUUUGGUAAUGGACUUCUGAUAAACACAGUUGAAAAUGGAGAUUGUGAAAAUAAAGUUGUUUUAAAGAAAGAGUUCUUUAAAAUCAUCGUGUGGUUUAAUGUUGAUUUUGAAACUGUUGACAGAAACAAAAGUCGAAACAUCGAGUUUAAAAAUGUUACUUACACUCUUAAUGAUAGAAUGAUAUUUGGUAAUAACAUACCAUCGAGUGUAACAUCAAUUGGUAAUAAUUGUUUCGAUAAUUGUAAAAGUCUAAGCAGUGUUACGAUACCUACAUGUGUCACAUCAAUUGGUGAUUAUUGUUUCUUAUCAAAUACAGUAAUUCAUCGAAAUUAA